AUGACGGAAUCUUGUGAUCUCAUGUACUCUAAAGCAAGGGGAAUUGUGGAGAGCCCAAGCGACGAAGGACUAGCGACUCUUGUCGAUCAACUCUUCAUCAACCGUAAAGAUACCGAUGAAUACAAAACAGCCAAGGCUCUGUUCGAUCUCUGCUUCAAAACUUUCCAGGACGGCUUAACCCGAAAGCUUCUCAUGGUGUAUCGAGAUUCUUCCAUUAAAGUCUUGAGAUUACGAUCGAUCUUUCUCAUCUCUCAAAAUCUCAAGAUCGAACUCUCUCUCGACGCUCUCCAGGAAAUCAAGCCAAUUGUGAUUUCUUGCCUUACAAGGCAAGAACACAAAGGAUAUCAUGAGGCCAAGAUCUUCGGAACCAUCGUUUCUUUGGUGGCAAACAAUGUAAAGACGUUUAACAAUGGAGGAUGGGACGAGCUCAGCGACUGUAUUCUCUCACUCGCAGGUACACAACCUCUCAAGGCUUUCCAUGUCUUCCUUGGUUUGCCACCGAUCAAGAACUGGGAAUUUCUCAACCGGUUUAAGCAGAGAGUUGUAGUGGAAGCCGAGAAGAUGUUGGCUGAUCCUGAUCAAGAAGAAUAUUGGCUUCUAGCUUUAGAGACUAUAGCUAAAAUAGGGGUCCAGGUGUUGAAUUCUGAAGAUAGAUAUGAAUCGGUAAAGAGUAGUAUUCUCACCAUUCUUGUCAAGUCAGCAACUGAGCUAGAGAAGAUCAACGGAAUGAGACAAAUUCUGCUUCGAGGUCUCGAGAAGUUCCUGUCACGAGACAAUAACCUGUAUAAGUACAAUGAGGAUCAAUACCGUUUUGUGUCAGAGUUAACUUCAGAAUUGGGAAAACGCAGCUUUGAAUUCUAUUUUGGAAAUGGUGGUUUCACAGAAGCUUCAUGUUCUGGACCAAGAAUUGGCAAUCAGAAUGCUCAAGGUCUUACUCUCUGA